UUUGCCAAUUCCCUAUCCCGUAUUCCCGUGCUCCCCCCCGGCCGCCGCCAAAACCAGUCCACCUCUCUCUCUCUCUCUCUCUCUCUCUCUCUCAGCUCCGGCCGCCGCUGCUCCCCGCCGGCAUUCGGUCCUGCAGGUUGCAGUGCAUGGUAUAACUGAGGUUGACAGCUUGACGUGGACCGAGUCCUGGUCUAAAGUAAGCCCUGAGACCAUCCUACCCGCGCCCGUCACAGCUUCUCGUGGACCGAGUCCACGGCACACCGGCCGCCAUGGACCGCGAGGCGCUCCGCAUGGUAUGGUCGCCGCAGUUCUGGCGGAUGGCCGUCCUCUGGGCCCUCUCCCUCCUCUACUCCUACGUCCUCGUGUUCCUCCGCGGCCGGGCGGCCGCCCCUCGUCGGCGGCGGCCGCGCCCCGCCGAAGGCCGCUGCCCCGUCUGCGUCGUCACCGGAGCGACGUCGGGGCUGGGCAGGGCGGCGGCGGCGGCGCUCGCGCGGGAGGGCUACCACGUCGUGCUUGCUGGACGUUCCAUGCAGUUCUUAUACGAGACUGUUCAAGAUAUUCAGAGGCAACAGCCAGAGGCCCAUCUCAAAGUGUUCCAGCUUGACUUAGCAUCUUUCAAGUCAAUUAAGAAGUUUGGAAGUUCUCUGAAGCAAUGGGUUCAGGAGAUAAAUUUGGAGCCUUCUAUUCAGCUUUUGGUAAAUAAUGCUGGAAUAUUAGCAAAGUCACAUCGAAUUACUGAGGAUGGCCUUGAUGAGAUGAUACAGACAAACUACAUUGGUCCAUUUAUGCUGACCAACAUUCUUUUACCAUUACUGAAGAAGAGCUCAGUACCAUCUCGAGUGGUUAAUCUAACUUCUUUCACACACAGGUGUGUGUCAGGUAUUGAUGUAUGUGAGGAUGCAUUGAGAGGGAUGAAAUUUGGCCGGUGCUCAGUAGGGGGAAGUUACCCCUUAGCUUCUACUUAUGAGUAUACCAAGCUUUGCAUGCUGAUGUUCUCAUAUGAGCUACAUCGACAUCUUCACAUGUCAUCUGGUGUCUCUGUAAUUGCUGCUGAUCCUGGUGUCGUGGAAACAAAGAUCAUGCGAGAGCUUCCUCAAUGUCUCUCUUGGUUCGCAUUUUUGGCUCUGCGCUCCCUUAGACUCCUGCAGGAACCUGAUACAGGGGUUGGUGCUGUCCUCGAUGCUGCUUUGGCGCUGCCUGACGAAUCUGGGAAGUAUUUCUUUGGUGGGAAAGGGAAAACAAUCAGAUCCUCCCGUCUAUCCUAUGACACAGAAGUAGCCAAGAAGCUGUGGGCAGAAUCGUCAGCGGUGUUCAAGGAGCUGCAGCUUAGAGGAGGUGAUUUUGGGGAUAGUUAAAGAGUAUACUACAUACAUAUAGACAAGUCUGACACCCUUUUUUUUGUAUGGUCCCAUUUUGGGUGGCCCUUCCUUUUAGCUUACUGAAAUUUUUGGUCCUAUAGACAUGAGGCAGACUGGCAGAGCAAGGAAGGUCUUUGUUCUGUAGGCGCAGCCACCUGUUAACUGAAAACCAGCAAUUUUAAGGCAUCCUUUUGAAGGGAUACAAGCUGGUAAUAUCACAUCCAUUUGUGUUGUUGCCUGCCUCCGAUGUGAAAGGAGACGUUGAAUACGGGAUGAAGCUAAUGCUAGCGUUGAGCAAAUGCAGUAAAUGAGAAAAAAAAA